AUUUUACACUCUGUCUUGUAUUAUCUUUAUCGAGGACUCAGGCGAGGACAAUUUGUAAUCAAGAUCUAGACUAGAUCUAUGUAUUAGAAUCGAUACAUUUUUACAGAGCAUGCUCAACAACAGACGUGACCAAUGCUACCCUACACAAAUGUCUUGUCACGUUUUACCGUGAUGCCGCCACGUGAUCAUGUGACAAUGUCACGUAGCUGCGAGUAAACGUGACACAAGCAUGUGAGGAGCUCCCCUGGAGUUUCUUGUGUUGUUUCGUCCUUGCCUCGCGCUCCCCCGCCCCUCCGUGAGGCCCCCCUCCGUGAGGCCCCCUCCGUGAGGUCCCCUCCGUGACGAUGAAGGAGACGCUUGAGGAGGAGGAUGAGCACGAGCCACGCCAGCACCACCGGCACAACAACCGCCACAGCAGCAGCAGCAGCGAGGUCAUCACGCAGCACAGCAACAACGCGCCCCGCGGCACCACCAGCUACACGGACGUCAACAACGGGGCGCCGGUUCAGCUCAACCGGCUGCACCGCAGCAGCACCGACCCCAAUGCCGGGGACGACGCCCCCCAGCACCCCCGGCUGACGCCCUACGAGCGCCUGUCCCAGGACUUGUCCAACGACCAGCGGGUCAUCAAGGAGAUCACACUAGGCAGGAGGAUUGGCUUCUAUAGGAUCCGCGGGGAGAUCGGCUCAGGCAACUUUAGUCAGGUCAAGAUGGGCAUCCACGCGCUGACCAAAGAGAAAGUGGCCAUAAAAAUCCUGGACAAGACCAAACUGGACCAGAAGACCCAGCGGCUCCUGUCUCGUGAGAUCACUUCCAUGGAGCGGCUCUACCACCCCAACAUCAUCCGACUGUACGAGGUCGUCGAGACCCUGGCCAAACUUCACAUCAUCAUGGAGUACGCGGGGGGAGGGGAGCUCUUCACCAAGAUCUCCAACGAGGGCAGGCUGCCAGAGGUGGACGCCAAGUGUUUGUUUGCUCAGCUGGUGGCUGCUGUAGAACAUAUGCACGACAACAACAUCAUCCACCGAGACCUGAAGGCCGAGAAUGUUUUUUACGCAAACUCCAGAUGGAUCAAAGUCGGAGACUUUGGUUUCAGCACGGUGGCUCGUACCAGCGAAAUGCUGAACACGUUUUGUGGCUCUCCGCCCUAUGCUGCACCGGAAUUAUUUAAAGACGAGCACUACUACGGUGUGUACGUGGACAUAUGGGCACUAGGCAUUCUCUUGUACUUCAUGGUGACAGGCCUGAUGCCCUUCAGGGCAGAAACAGUGGCCAAGUUAAAGAAGUGUAUCUUAGAAGGUAGCUACAGUGUUCCCUCGUAUGUCUCAGACAGAUGUGUCUUUCUUAUACGCAGCAUAUUAAAACACAUACCCCAGGACCGGUUUACGAUAGCUGAAAUCAAACGUAGUGGUUGGCUCGAGGGCCAAGAUUUUCCUGGGCCACUCGAGCCGUACAAUCUGACACCGAGCUUGGAUAUUUCUGUGAUAAAUGAAGAGGAGCGCGAGGCGAGGCUCAUUCUGAACAACCUCGGGAUAAAGGAGGAGCACUUCAAGCAAGCCAGCAUUAGGGACUCUCGCAGUAGCAUCACAGGGACGUACAGGAUUGUGCUGCACAGGAUUCAGAAGAAAAACUCUGGCAUGCUGGAGACCAUGGUGGACCCCGUCAUAGAGAAGAAGGAAUCUAGUUCCAACUCGGUGCUGGAGAGGAGGAAAAACAGGCGUGUCACGCCUUCCAACAACGCCGUGUCGGUCGGAGGCCGACCCCAGUCAAAGACGUGUUGUGUGUUAUGAUGAUACCUGGUGUGUGUGAGUACACACUGGGGUAGCACACGCAGGGCGAGAGCACACCUGAUUUCUUCCAUAAAUUCUACAGACUUUGGCGCAUGUGAUAGUGCUGAGUUACCUGUUACGUCUCAUACAGCGUACAUCAUGAUGUUCUUCUCACUGAUGUUCUAGUUGAUGAUGUUUAAUCAUCGUAUUGUUUUAAAUUCAUUCUAAAGGAUUUUACAUUUUCUUAAACAAUAUUGUACAUUUUGAAGGAAUAUCACAUGUUUUGAAGGAUAUCACAUUUAUUAAGGUUAUCCCAUUUUUUAAGGAUUUCACAUUUUUAAAAACAAUAUCGCGUAAUUUGUAGGAUAUCACAUUUUUGAAAGGCUAUCACAUACCUGAGUGUUUCACAAACAGAUCUCAUCCAGUACUGUUUGAAUUAAGCACCAGUAAAGAGUAUGUUGUUAUUAAAAGUAUCUAAAAUAACAUAUGACCCAGUUAAUAUUUAUGCUGUGAAAAUAUAAUUUAAUUAUUAUUGUCAUUCUUCCAUUAGAAAAAGAUUUGAAAAUUCUGAGGCUGGAUUUAACUGAAAUAAUUAGAAUAUUGAUCCUGAAAAAUUGAUUAGUUUUUUGAUGGAUGCCUUACAUUACUGCGGACAAUUAAUUUAAAAAAAAUAAAACUUUGUUGGCUGUAAUUCUGGCUAUUGAUUUAUCUGAUGUUGAGGAGGGACCAGACUGAUGUUACAUUCUCAGCUAAUUAGUUCAUGUGUUGAUAGUGUUAAGAUUGUAAUUGAUGUGCUGGACACUCAUGAUCUUUGCUUAACCAUCUUAAUUCAACGCAUGUUGAUAUUCUCAGUCACUGUUGAUCUAUUUUGAUCUGAUUUAUUUGUUUGUCAAUCACUGUUGAUCUGAUUGAUUUGUUUGUCAGUCACUGUUGAUCUGAUUGAUAUGUUUGUCAGUCACUGUUGAUAGAUUUAUAUUUCUUCCAAACACUGAAACAGUUUUUAU